AUGUGCCGAGUUAAAACAUACGAAGACUACUUCGAGACCGAACAGGGCGUGCCAGUGAUGGACAUUGGAGGUGGUUUGUCGUUCCAGCUGUUCCUCUAUGACCCCUCAGACACUGUUUUGACCACGUGGGACAAGAGCUACUCCUUCGAUAUUGCGCCCGGGAAAAGUUACAAGGUUGGUCUGUCUUCUCGGAAAUAUCUCGACAGCAGUGGCUUCACAAAUUGCAUCCCUGAGGGGAAAAUGGGUGUUCUGAAAUAUUACGAGAGGGGCUACAACCAGAUGUUAUGUGUGAGUGAAUGCUACACAGAGAUAGAGUUCGAAACAUGUGGAUGCGUGACUGUCUCCCAGAUGUUCUUUCCAAAUGACACUCUGGAAUGUGGCACUCUCACUAUGACUAUGUGUUCACUCAAUCAGGAACAACUACUCGAGAGGUGCUUGAGAAGUUGCAACCCUCAGUGUGGUUUCACAAAGUACAAUUUUGAACGAACCUUUGCUAAGUUUCCGAACCCUGGAUUUAUAGAAUACUUGAAAUCAGUGGCGCCGGACGAAGAAGUGAGUGGAAAUUACUCGAGGAAAAACUACGGCGAGUUGGUUAUCAAUUUUUCCUCUCUGAUUGUACAACAAACGACUAUUCUGCCGAAGUACGAGAUAUUCUCGGCCGGAAGUGCUAUGGGGGGACUCCUCGGUUUGAUGUUAGGAGGGAGUAUUCUCACCGUAUACGAACUGGCCGAGCUACUAGGUGGAUUAUUGUAUGCAGUAGUUCAACUUGCUGCAAGAAAAAUUAUUCAGAGAAGCAGUUUGGCAAAAGUCGCUGAUAUUCGAUCAUAG